UAUGAAUGUGUGUGAAUGUUAGACAGUAAGCGCUUAGAAACAGCUAUGAACAAAGUGCUUGUGUGAAUGUGUGAAUGUAUAAGUUGUGUAAAGCACUCUGAGUGCUCAAAUAGAGUAGAAAAGUGCUAUACAGUAUAAGAACCAGUCCAUUCACCAUAAAAAUGGCUUUUCCCUCCCAAACCGCUGCUGAUUGAUAUAUUUCCAUCCAGCUUUGACAAAGAAAACCUCUGUGGCUUCAGGAGUUCAUUGUUUGGCUCGAAAUAAAAAACGUUUCUGCCAUAAAAUCUUAAAGGCAAAACCUCAGUGUGUCCAUACUUGAUUUAUCUACGGUCAGUUCAGUAAAGGUUAUUCAAACAUCACAGCAGUGUGUUCAGUGUUAACAGAAAAUGGGAAGAGAACAACCACGUUGCUCUACUUCUGCCUUUCCUGCUGAAUUUCUGAAGCUGUUGCCCAUUAUAUUGUUUUAUAAAUAUGUCGACAUUUUUACAAGAAAGUUUUGUUGUUUUCUAAAAAUAGAUACAGAUCAAACAGCAUAUUUUGUUGGUAGUGUUAAAAGGGCUCUCAGGUCCGUGUGAACACAGUGAUCCAGUGAGCAGGGAACAGCAGUGUAUUGAGAGCACGUUGAUGCUGGUGCAGUGGAUUUGGAGCACAUUAAGCAGGACAUGAUGUCAGCGUGGUGCCUGGUGCCCGCUGUCUCCCGCUCUGAGCCUUGACGUUAAAGCUGAUUAUCCACAGAGACAGGCAGCAGAGCAGCGCCGCCUCCAUGUGUGAACAGCAACAUAAGCUGAUCAGAGGUGCCGUCUCGCUGACCGGACUCUACCUGGUGUACGGAUAUGGUGCCUCCCUCCUCUGCAACCUGAUUGGUUUUGUUUAUCCAGCUUAUUAUUCAGUCAAAGCCAUCGAAAGCCCGUGCAAAGAAGAUGACACAAAAUGGUUGACCUACUGGGUGGUGUACGGUGUCUUCAGUCUGGGCGAGUUCUUCUCUGAUAUUUUCCUCUACUGGUUCCCAUUUUACUACGCUUUUAAGUGUCUCUUCUUACUAUGGUGCAUGGCACCAAUGUCCUGGAAUGGCUCACAGAUUAUCUACAACAAAGUGGUUCGGCCUGUCUUCCUUCGCCAUGAGGCCACAGUGGACAACAUGGUCAGCGACCUCGGUGGGAAGGCCAUGAGUGCUGCCGAGAACCUCACCAGAGAAGUCCUGACCACUCUGGUGAAGAAUAAAGCCGUGAUCAUACCAUCGCCACCUGUUGCUCAGUCUGAAGCUAAAAGUUUACCAAGUACAUCAGGAGAAACAUCCACAGCUAAAGUUGGUCCAUCAGAGAUGAACGAAGAAAGAAGAGAUGAACUCAGUGUAGACUGAUGUUCUUUAGAUAGCAGCAGAGGAAGAGGAGGAGCCUUGGUGAGGAAGAAAAGGAGGGAAAGAGGGUUUUUCCUCAUCAUCCUGACAGAUUUCAACAGGAUUGUUACCUCUGUCAAAGAGACUGAUUUCCUUUUUUUAAAAAUCAUGUUGUAGUUGUGCAGCAGGACAUUGUGAAAAGAUCUUUUUACUUCUUUGUUUCAAGAUUUCUGGGAACAAUUCUUUUCUUCUUUUCUUCUUCUUUUUUUAAGUUAUUAAAUCUUUUCUAUGCAAACCUCCUGAAUCUGGAUUAUAAAUAACUCACAGAAGCUGUAUUGUUGCCCUGGAUUUUACUUGUUUCUAUUGUCCUGAUUCAGAUAGAAGACCCAGAAUCUAAAUGUCUGCUAAAGUAAAUCAAGCUCACAUCCACACUUCAUAAGAAUAAGUCAAAAGUUCACAUUACAUUUAAAGAUUCUUUAUGAAAUAAAAUUAAGUGUUGGUUUUGUUAUAGGCUGGUCUGACCUAAGUUUGUGGGGAUUCUACUUUUGCAGCAUAACUAUGGGACUGUUAGCUGGCUGGACUCUUUAGCUCAGUCUGUCAAAGUCUUUGCAGAUGUGAUCAUUUAUUUUCAGACCCGGGCAGCUAAAGACUUUUUCCAUCAUCUGCACUUAAAUUUUUUCCAAAUACUUGAAUGAACUGGCUUCAGCAGAAAUGAUUUCUGUUUUGUCUUAUUUGCAGGAUCUACUGUUUAGCACAACGCUUGCCGCACUGCUUUUUUUGGUGCCCAAGGAUUCCAAUUAUUUCUCUUCGUGACUCGCUCUGCCCUCUGACUAGUUUGACUUUAGAUGAGUAGCUUCUUUAUUCUUCUCAUAGAAUAAAUGACAAAAUUUUUGUGUUGCCAGGGAGAUCUGUUAUUAGGUGUAUCAUGAGCAUAACAAGGCAAAAAUGGACAGUACUCUAGUAAUCAGAAGGUCAUAGUCACAUUCUUUGGGUGCAAAGAAAUACGUCAUGUGUUCCUGGAUAAUACUGUAUAAUCACAGUAAACAGGUGUACUAGAGUAGUAGACCUGUUCCUAUUUGAGAUGAAUGAGAUAAAUGAAUGCUUUUGUGCUAUUGUGAGCUAAGCAGAGUCAUGGAGCUGGAAAUGAGAUCCACUUUACAUGAGAACUGUGCAGAAUAAUUCAAUUUUCACUCUUCAGCUAAACUGCUUCUUUAAUGUUUGCACAUUGUUGUGUUAGACUGUGACAUGCUUACCUGAUGGAGUUUGCACUUGACCUUUUUUUAUCAUUUGUUAUGUAAGUAGUUGCACACUUGACUUUGUAACAGCAGCAGUUGGCUCUGUACUUGGCUUUGCAUGUUUCUCCUGUUCGUACAGUAAAAUCUAACCUCACUGUGUCACACAUGCUUUAGUUUAUUGCACCUUCUGUUUUUAUUUUUGAAAUAUUGCCCACAUAUUGUUUCUAUGUGCAUUACUGCCACCUUCUGGUACAUUACAUCCUGGAAACAAAGACAAAUUACAUACAGUACUUUAAGAUAAAAAAAAACAAACAAACAUUCAGGGUUUCCUAUGAAAGUCUUUACAAAUAUCUGAAAAUCUUGCCCAUCCCUGCUAAUGAUGACAGUAAGAUCAUCGUUUUCUUAACACAACUCUCCUCACCAGCUCCUACCAAGCAUGCAGGAAAAACUAUAAAAACUCUUUGCAAACUAGCAGAUUUACUGAUUCGUCUUCUAUCAAAAGAAAAUGAAUGUGCAACAAUUUAAACAGUUUCUGACAUUUUUCAGCAAAUGUACUGAACAACUGCUGGUUUGGUUAAUAUUCAUAUAUAAUUAUAGCACAUGUAUGAAGGUGAACAACAUGAGAACUCCUUCCCAGUGAAGCUAAAAUAUGUCCAUCCCAUCAUGGUUGGAUUCCUCAUUUAGGAGGUUGCAUGUCAGGAGGUACUGUUCCAGUCAUAAGAGAAUACAUGUUACCGGCAUUUUUUAAAGCAAACUGUGAGCAAAGCCAAAUGGGAAAUGCUACACCUGAACUGAAGUGAUUUUAUUAUUCAAGCUCUGACUCUUGAUCUGAUCUUCUCUUCAGUUCAAGUCUGUUUGAAUCGUGUAUUGUUACGUUAUUUUCAAAUUCAUUCUUAAAAGGACAAUUUCAAUGGCUUUAAUGACUUGCUGGAAAAUGUUUGUGACAUAGAAUUAAUUUUACAUACAAUUUAUGGUGAAUCCGGCAUCAAAAUUCAGAAGAAGAGUUUUUAUCUUCUGACUUGUCAUGUGACGCGUCCGACGUGCUGACGUGGCAGGCGGCGUACUGACGUGCCGUAGAUUUAAGUUUGUUUGCUAAUGUUAGCCAUAUUAUCAGCAGAAUUAGCUUGUUUUUUUGUGCUCCUUAGUCCGGGUUAACGAACAGUGAAGACGGGGAACGACUGUCGAGACGCACUGCAAGGUUUCACCAGCCAGGACAAACUCUGGUUUGUGUUGCAUGCAAGCAGCUGGAGUUCAAACUUUAGGAGAAUGAAUAUUGGCUCUAAAAGUAAGAAGCGGAUGGUGCUGCCCAGCCGUCCUGAGCCCCCGACCGUGGACCAGAUCCUGGAAGACCUCGACAGAGCUGCUCCUGAUGACCCGAUCUUCAGCAUCCUAGAAAAGACUGGACAAGACGUGCCCCGUGCCGCAGACAGCGAGGUGGAGCUACGGUUCCAGAAGUGUCGUCGAUAUCUGGAGCUGAACAAGGAGCUGCAGGAGGCUCGGGACCGGCUGGUGCAGCAGAGGGUAGAGCUGAAAGCAGCAGGAGAGCAGGCAGACAGAGAGGUGGAAGAAAUCAAACGUCAACAACUCUGAUUUGACCUUCCCUGUUGGACAGACUCUCCUUGUCAUUCGUGGUCUGGCUCGGUUUCACUGAAGUCUUCUCAAACCCACUGACUCGGCACAAACCUGCGCUGGUGCCACUGCGUCAGGCGCACAGCACUAGCUGACCUCUAACCCUAGAGCAGAAGUACAUGAUUUUGUAUACCUAAGGAUUGUUGGAGAUCAAGACUACUUCACAAUAAGUCUGAUGCUGAGCAAAGCUUUAAAUGUGAAGCAACAUGAAGAGUUUGAUGUCAAUCAUUACUAAAUUAUAAUUAGUAUAGUUAAUGUCUGUCAUGUAGCAGUUUAAUAUUUCACAUUUUUCCAGGUGUAUGUUAACUCAGAUUGAAAUAAAUGUUGAUGUAAUGGAUCAAGCAAAAGUGCCUGAUUACAUAUUGUAAAGGGGAAAAUAAAAUGAUCAGAGUUGU